AGCUCUGCACUGUGAAGGAAAAAGAAACAGGAGGCACUUGUUGCUUUCUCUAAAGACCAUUAAUCGUGUACAGCAGCCUGGGACUUAAAACACCUGCCUUUGAUGAAAGCUAUUUGGACGGCUGGAAUAUAUUGUUGAUAUUAAGCUUGACUAAAUGGUUUUCAAAUCUUGCUGGAACUGUCCUAGUGAGGGAAUGUGUGAAUGGUUUCUUGUGGAUUAUUGAAGCUCUGAGCUGAAGUACAGCAGGGAUCAGAGGACCUAAACCCAUUUUGACAUGGCUGACUUGGUUCCUGUCAAUGGAUUAGACAAGGACCCUGAAAUAGAACUGUUUGUUAAGGCUGGCAUCGAUGGAGAGAGUAUUGGAAAUUGCCCCUUUUCUCAGCGCCUCUUCAUGAUUCUGUGGCUGAAAGGUGUUGUGUUCAACGUCACAACAGUCGACCUGAAGAGAAAACCAGCUGAUCUACAUAACCUAGCUCCUGGUACUCACCCUCCAUUCCUGACCUUUAAUGGGGAGGUCAAGACAGAUGUCAAUAAAAUUGAAGAAUUCUUGGAGGAGACGCUGUGCCUGCCAAAGUAUCCCAAGCUUGCAGCAAAACACCAUGAAUCGAAUACCGCUGGAAUUGACAUCUUUGCAAAGUUCUCAGCAUACAUUAAAAACACAAGGAUAAAUGCUAAUGAAGGUCUGGCAAGAAGUCUGAUCAAAGCCCUGAAGGUACUGGAUGGAUACCUGAAUAGUCCACUGCCCGAAGAGAUUGAUGCUAACUGUGUUGAUGAUGUCAUUGUGUCCAAUCGCAAAUUCCUGGAUGGUGAUGAGCUAACAUUGGCUGAUUGCAACCUUCUGCCCAAGCUUCAUAUAGUGAAGGUUGUAGCAAAGAAGUAUCGGAACUUUGAGAUCCCGACAGAAAUGAGUGGAGUCUGGCGAUACCUGAAGAAUGCCUAUGCACAGGAUGAGUUCACCAAUACAUGUGCGGCAGACAGUGAAAUUGAAUCUGCUUAUGCAGAUGUGGCAAGACGGCUUUCAAGAUCCUAGAUCAAUGACAGGGUCAUUAAGUAUCAACGCUAAUGACACAAAAUGGUUCUUAUAUCACAAGACUGCUUUUGAUCACCUUGGUUAUUAAACCUGAACACAUUCGCUGGCAUUGUAAUAUUUCAAUUAUCAGUUUUAGAUGGUGUUAUGCUUGUAAAUAACAAGACAAAUUUCUAAUC